AACGGAUUGAGCCGUUGGGCUGGCACCCUUCCCCAUUGGGCAUCGCGGCGCCAUAAUCGGUCCUUUGUUGUCUGGAAUAUCUCAGGAGGAAAAAAAAAGAUCAAGACAUGUCUCAGCCAUCAGCGUGGCCGCGCCUCGCAAGCGGGGAUCGGGGGGCAAGAGAUUGCCAAGCAUGGCUGCAUGGAGAUCAAGAUCUGAUUAUGCCACCACCGACUGCUGGAGCGCACCGGUUUUCGGGGUUUGUUCCGGACUCGGAUCCGAAACAUGAUCUACGGGGCGAGGGCCUUAGGCGGGAGACUAACGUUAGUGACUGGAGAAGAAGAAAAACGCGACCGUAAACUCUAAGACCCGGGGCCUAGAGCCCCUCUGAACUGGACUGGGGGAAGUUUGA